AUAACUAUACAGACAGAGAAGAGGCGUAAAGUUAGUAAAUUUGAAGGCGUUUCAACGUUGAAACUGCCAAACUGGCACUGACGUGAAGGUUUUCAAAGAGAGAGAAACAAACGCCAUAGCAGGGAACGGUGUGGCUGUUACCAAUCGAGCUCUGAAGAGAGUCCUCAGGGAAGAGUCUAGAAGGUCUUGUAUUCUACUUGUACAAGGCCAGACAACGUAGCUACACACCGAGUCACAUCGCAAAAGGAUUGAGAGAGAGAGAGAGAGAGAGAGAGAGAGAGAGAGAGAGAGAGAUGGGUAGACCAAGGUGCUUCUUGGACAUUUGCAUAGGUGAAGAGCUUGAAGGAAGGAUUGUGGUGGAGCUUUACGAUGAUGUUGCUCCCAAAACCGCUGAGAAUUUCAGAGCUCUUUGCACUGGUGAGAAAGGCAUUGGUCCAAAUACUGGGGUGCCCCUCCAUUUCAAGGGUUCUUGCUUUCAUCGUGUUAUUAAAGGCUUUAUGAUUCAAGGAGGUGACAUAUCUGCUGGAGAUGGUACUGGAGGAGAAUCUAUAUACGGACUUAAGUUUGCAGAUGAAAAUUUUGAGUUGAAGCAUGAAAGGAAAGGGAUGUUAUCAAUGGCAAACUCUGGUCCUAAUACUAACAGGUCUCAGUUUUUUAUCACGACUACCCGAACUUCUCAUUUAGAUGGUAAGCAUGUUGUAUUUGGGAAAGUAGUCAAAGGAAUGGGAGUGGUUCGUUCAAUUGAGCAUGUUGUGACUGGAGAUGAUGAUCGUCCCAGCCUGGAUGUUAAAAUUGUGGACUGUGGAGAUAUUCCUGAAGGAAAAGAUGAUGGGAUAUCUAACUUUUUCAAAGAUGGUGAUACUUAUCCUGAUUGGCCAGCUGACCUUGAUGCAAGCCCAAACGAACUUGAGUGGUGGAUGAAAUCUGUUGACUCAAUUAAAGCUUUUGGCAAUGAGUAUUACAAGAAACAAGACUACAAAAUGGCUCUAAGAAAGUAUCGGAAGGCCUUACGCUACCUGGAUAUUUGUUGGGAGAAAGAAGGCAUUGAUGAAGAGAAAAGUUCUGGUUUGAGAAAAACAAAAUCUCAGAUUUUUACAAACAGCUCUGCUUGUAAAUUGAAAUUAGGGGAUCUUAAAGGAGCAUUAUUAGAUACAGAAUUUGCAAUGCGUGAUGGAGACAACAAUGCUAAAGCUUUGUUUCGCCAAGGACAGGCAUAUAUGGCACUCCACGACAUUGAUGCAGCAGUUGAAAGCUUUAAGAAGGCACUGAACUUGGAGCCAAAUGAUGCUGGAAUUAAAAAGGAACUUGCUGUUGCCAGGAAGAAGAUAGCUGAUAGGCGUGAUAGAGAGAAAAAAGCAUAUAGCAAGAUGUUCCAAUAACACCCUGGCUUCUGUAACAACCAGAUCGUCACAGCAUAUACACAAGAUUGAAGUUUCAGGCUUGAGCCCAUUGUUACUAAAAGUAUUAGGAAUGAGGCUCAGAUGAAAUAAGUGGAUAAUGAAUGGUAUUGUUACAUGAUUAAAUUUUUAGCCAACAAUUUUGUCAACCUUUUUUUGACCAUGAACUUUGAUCAUUUUAUUGGGUGGUGAUGGACCACAGACAUACUCUUAUGUGAUUUUGAUAUUUACUAUUGGGAACUUGUGUUCAAGGUGUAAUGUAGAGCAUUUAUUGGUCAGGCCAUUUACUGUGGUCUUCAGUUUUAGACUGAAUAACCACUUAGUGUGUGUUAUAUAGUCUUGAGUUGUGGUUAAUGUGCUAGGUUUGGUUAUUUU